CAGUGCACGUGCGGGUGCGACUGCUGUGCGGUUUGGACGUUUCCACGCGUGUGAUUGUGCAAUUUUGUGCCGACGGGCUAUUUAUAUCUGGACGUACUAUGUCGGAUUACGUCGAGUCGAGCUGCAGUUAUUCUCGCAGGAAUGCGUCGUGCAGUGACAGGCCCAGGCACGUGAGGCGCUUGAAUUUCGCACCUUUCAUCCUCGAGCUCGAGACCGUGGAGCAGUCGUCCACGUUAAACCGCGGCCUCGUAGUCGAUCAGAACGUCGCUCACAUACCGUGCACGAGCAAAAGCGAUUACGUGCGCAAGUGGAUCGAGACUCACGAGAACAAUGGAUGCAGUCCGAGUGAUGAAUCGUCCCAGUCGGGCUGCGUUGUGGAACGAUCGGCGACUAAGAUCGCCGGGACGUCGCCGAUAAUCGGCAGCAGCAGGAAACGACGUAGGAGAAGGAUCCAUAUAAAUAGACGCGCCGCGGUGAAAGCCGCGAGUAACGCGGAUCGCCAGGAGAAUGCAGAGCACACGGCAAGCCGCGGGGUGCAAUCUGAGCUGGAUUGCGAAAACAGAGGAAAGAGCGAGAGCGAGCAGGCACGCCCGAGUGAGAUCCAUCUCACGCCAUCUUGCAGGGAGCAAGUGGCCGGCAACGAGAGGGAAUCGUCUCCUGUGCUCGGUGCGUACGUACCCUCCCGCAAGAGAAAGCGAAAAAGGUCGUCGCGUGUACUGGAGACUGCCGCUUCCUCGAAGCACCUGAAAUUACUCGACGAGGCAGAUAUUAAUGUAAAUCCGAUGACAGAACCUGACAAUAAUCUUGAUACUCUACUGGAAGAAGUACCUGCAGAUCGCAAGGAGGUGGAAGAGCACUUGAAUACAAAAGUUACAGCAGGUUUGUUCUCUAUUGGAGCAAGGAAAAGUCCGGACGAAUUCCAAGUAGCGUCCUCGUCGCCAGAAAGCAGAUUGCAGGAGAGAUUGAGCCUCCGAGACAGUUCGAGUAGCGACACCAAUAUGGAUGGCCCCAAGAUAGAAGUAGGCACAAGCGAUGACGAGGAAGUUGAUAGCAACGACGAAAAAUGCAAUGAAACUUCAAGCACACGCGGCAGCGACAAUAAUCUCAGCAAUGUCAUAGAAGAUACUGAUACGCAGGAGGUUGCGAAGACAUCUCAGCUCUCCAGGCCAAAUAAAUCCUUUAUCCCUUCGAGACAACUAUUUACACCUUCACAAUUGGCCGACAACUUAAAUGAAACUUACUGCUCCGAAGCGGAAAUGAUGCUGAGUGAGCAUCCGUCCGCAAAGAUUUCUCAAGUGCCUUCCAAGGAGAACACACAGAAAACGGGCAACAAGUCGACCCAGAGCGAGGCAAUUGUCAGCUGCAUAACUACUCCGUCAAAGAAGUCACCGAACAGGACCAUGUAUGCUCGCCUUCUGGAUUCUGGUAAAAAACGUCGCAAGGCCAAGAAAGGAAGCAUGGUCGCGAAGCUGCAGUCUCUGGUCAACGCGCAGAUCUCCGACAUUCGCAUAUGGCGUUAUCGUAUGAGCAAGAAUCUCCACGACGCCGCGUCGGCGGAAUUCAUCAGCGUGCUAAUACGCGGUUGUAGGGAGCAGUUCGGCAAUCAGUUUCUGGACGGUGUCCUAAUCGAGGAUCGUUUCAAUCUUCUGCAGGGCGACGUGGAGAUCGAGGAAGCGGAGAACGUAACAGUUAUGUUAGUCUGUGAUAUAGUAGGCAGGAUAAUGUCGAUAGCUCAGGAUCGCCCCGAGUUGUACGAGGAAGUGAAGCUUUAUAAAAAUGCCCGUGAGAGGGAGAAGCACGACAAUCAGGCGGACCUGUACGCUGUGGUGAAUACAUUGCAGCACUUGGAGAAGGCUUACAUCAGGGACUGCGUCACGCCGAAGGAGUACACGGCAGCGUGCAGCAAAUUAUUGGUGCAAUACAGAGCAGCAUUUAAGCAGGUACAGAGCGAUCAGUUUCCAACCAUCGACUCUUUCACCAGAGCAUUCCGACUGGAUUGUCCGGCCGCUCUUGAGAGAAUCAAGGAGGAUCGACCGAUCACGAUAAAAGACGACAAGGGCAACACCUCCAAAUGCAUCGCGGACAUCGUUUCUCUGUUUAUCACGCUGAUGGACAAAUUGCGGCUGGAGAUCAAAGCCAUGGACCAGUUGCAUCCUGAUCUGAGGGAUCUCAUGGACACCAUGAAUCGCCUGAGCAUAUUGCCGAGCGAUUUUGACGGCAAGGAGAAGGUUGCCGAGUGGCUGCAGACUCUGGACAAUAUGUCUGCCUCGGACGAGCUGUCCGAUACUCAAGUCAGACAGCUAAUAUUUGAUCUAGAGACGUCCUACAAUGCCUUCAACAAGAUACUCCAUAAUUCCUAAUCUUUCGUAAGUCUCGUACGUUAAGCCAAAUUGGAUUUAUAUGAGAUAAUAUCACCUAUUGUAUAGGCCUUUCAUUGUGCGUGUAAAUUAUAAGGCUUUGUAGUAGAGCAAAAUAAUUUAGAGCCAUUGUUAUACUCACUGUUGUUAUUAUUAUGCGUUAUAAUUUUAUAGUAUCGUGUACACAAAGCACGCAUUGAGGGUUUUAUUACAGAUACUGUUGAUUUAUCCAGUCACAGCAGUAACGGUCUGCCUACAAUUACUGAUUUCUUGAUAAAUUUAUCAUGUUAUGCCAGUCACUUUAUUUUCUUGAUAUAUGAGAUUUGCAGUAAAAUCCAUUGCACGCACUGCACUUGAUCGCGUCGUGUGCGAUCAUGAGAAUAUAUGUAUACACAGAUACUUAUAACCGCGUAAAAAAAUUAAUAUUAUUUUAUAUGUGACCCUUUGUAAAUCGAUAGAUUGUCGAGCGACGAUCGCGCCAUGUAUAUUGUCAACUAAAUUAAUAAAAAUGCGUACGCAGUUAUAAUGUAACUGAUGGAAA